AUGACGCUCACCCAGAGAGAACCUCAUAUCUCAAUUAAAAGUCACGGUCAGUAUAACGCCCUGUUAUCUAUGGCUAAGACUAGUUGCUCCAGGCAGUUAUUGACACUUGCUCGCGUCAGUGAUAGCUUUAUCUUUCAUAUUGCUUGCAUUUGGGAGCAAAAUAAAUGUCACCUCUCCAUUGCACUGAGAAGAGAGGCUUAUUUGUUGACGACACGAAACUGGCCUAGUGCCAAAGAUGUUUUCGUAAAAACAACUAUUUUUUUUUCUAUCCUUCUUUUCAUCUUUUCUUUCUGUAAGCAGUUAUUCUCUUCUCUUUAUUCAUAUAUUUUUUAUUGUUACUUUCUGUUUUUUUUCUUUCUUUCAUUAAUUACUUCUUUCUUUCCUUAUUUCUUUUCUUCUUUCUUUCUUUCUUUCUUUCUUUUCUUUGUUCUUUUCUUUCUAACCUCUUUCUUUCUUUCUUGCAUUCAUUCUAUCUUUUUUUUAUUUAUUUCUUGCUCCUUUCUUGCUUUCUUCAUUUCUCUCUUUUGUUCUUUACUUUUUUACCUUUUUUCCAUCUUUUUUUCUUUCUUUUUUUCUUUCUUUCUUUUUUCUUUCUUCUUUCUUUUCGUUCCUUAUUUCUUUCAUUCUCUUGUUUGUUCCUUGCUUUCUAGCCUCUUUCCUUUAUUCUUUCUUUCUCUGUUUCUUUAUUUCCUGCUUUCUUGCUUUUUUCUUUCUUUCUUUUCGUUGUUUCUUUCUUUCUUUCUUUCUUUCUUUCUUUCCUUCCAUCCUUUUUACUUCUUUCUUUCUAGCCACUUUCUUUCUUUUUCGUUAUUUCUUGCUUUUUUUUUCUCUCCUUUCUUUCUUUCUUUCAUUCAUAUCUAUGAAUUUGAUAAUUUCCCAAAACGGUGA